AUGGACGCCUUGGAGCGCGACCUGAAGGAGCAUGGUCUCCCCCAAGUGGCGGUGAUGAAUGGGGCGCAGACCCAGCCCACCCCCGACAUGCUACGAGAAUAUGCAGCGGUCAUGGUUACCAGCGAUAAUGCGUUCAUGAAAGACAACCGCGCGCUUGGCUCUCUGAUGGCACAAUAUGUGGACGAUGGGCACGGCGUGGUAAUCGGCGGUUUUGUGGCCUGCGGGUGUCCCAUUACUGGCCGCUGGGAGGGUGACUACGACCCAAUCAGCCCCGCGCAGUCCAUGCGGACAGACCAGCCGGUUAUGGAGGUCGUGGUGCCUGACCACCCCGUGCUGGCCAAUGUGCGCUGCCUGCGCGGUAACCCGGCCGGGGAAACGCCGUACUCGCCCGGGCACGCAACAGGCAACACGACCACGAUCGCCGAGUGGGAGUUCCGGAAGGAGGAAGGGGAGAUGCUUCAUGUCAAGCGCACUCCUCUGGUUGUGGAGAAGUAUGGACUCAACGGGCGGGUGGUCGGCCUCAACUUCACGCCAACCUCUUCGGCCCUGCCGAAGGACGUCAUAUCAGCGCACUGCGGCUACGACGCGACAACUGAUGGAGCGCAGCUGAUGGCCAACGCGCUCCUCUACUGCGCCCUCCAACCCGCAAACGCACCGGCGGUGAAAGAAACGGAGAAAUGA